CCAUCUCCGAAGUGUCGGCAGAGAUGAAGAGCCUCAUCAUCGACAAGAACAAGAUGAGUCCAGAUGAAGACCCUGAGCUGCUGGUUAAAGGAUGGCUGUUUCGUGAGGUGCGGGGAAACUGGAUCAAACAGCGGCGUUACUGGUUUGUGCUGAGCCAGGACUCUCUGGACUAUUACACCGGCCCAGAGAAGGGAGCCCGGAGACUGGGAACGCUGGUCCUCACCAACCUCUGCUCCGUCAUCUGGCCGGAUAAACAGACAUUUAAAGAGACUGGGUAUUGGAGCAUAACAGUGUAUGGGCGUAAGCACUGCUACAGACUCUACACCAAACACUUCAAUGAGGCCGUGCACUGGGCUUGUGCCAUUCAGAAAAUCAUUGACACCAAAGCUCCAGUGGAAACGCCCACACAGCUCCUCAUCCGAGAUAUCGAGGAAAAUAAGUUCAACCCUGAGGUGGUGGAGCACAUUUUCCAGCACAACCCCAUUCUGAAGUACACUCAGGGCCCCCUGUACGCUCCUCUGUUGCCCUUCCCCUACGGCAGCCCAGAGCACAGAUACCACAGUGGGAAAGGCUACGGCUCCGUGCGAGAGGAGGCAGUCAAACUGUUCAACUGUCUGCAGCAGCUGGAGUCUGCGCGAGAGCCCGUGCCCAUUAUUCAGGGGGUUCUGCAGACCUGCUUGGACCUCCGGCCACUCCGGGAUGAGGUCUACUGCCAACUGGUCAAACAGACUAGCCACACCCCCCAGCCCUACACCGCCGCCCACCUCCGCUACUGGCAGCUCCUCACCUGCAUGAGCUGCACCUUUCUGCCUGGGCCCAUCAUACUCAAGUACCUCCGAUUCCACCUCAAAAGGGUCCAAAGCCAAAGUCCGGAGUCAGAGAUGGACAACUACGCGUCGUUCAUCAGUGAGGCCCUGGAGAAGACCAAGUGUCGUGAAUGCGUGCCUUCCUGGGACGAGAUCCACAUGUUGAUGAACAGACAGGAGAUGCUCUGCACGGUGCAUUACCCAGGCCCAGGCUCCUGCCAGCUCUACGUCAGCUCACACACAACAGCUAAUGAGGUGGUGCGACGGAUGCAGGAGAAGCUCAAUCUUCAGGACAGUAAAAAUACAUUUGCACUAUAUGAGCAAAACGCACUGUGGGAGCAGCCAGUGUCCGGUAGUACCCUCAUCGCAGACAUCCUGACCAGCUUUUCUGCUAAAGAGGCAGAAUCCAAAUCCCAGUGGAGGCUGUGUUUCAAGCUCUACUGUCUGCUAGACGCUGACAGCAUUUCUGUGGACAGCAUUGAAUAUUUCUUUCUGUUUGAGCAGUGCCAUGAGAUGGUGGUGAGGGGCCAGCUGCCCGCCUGUGAUGAGGACCUGCAGACUCUGGCUGCUCUCAGGCUCCAGUCGCUGUUUGGAGACUUCAGCACUCACGCCCCUUGCCCCCCUCUGGACGAGCUAUUCCCUGGGCCCAUGCUGGAGGCCAGGGUGCUCAUGUCCCUCACUGCCCCCCCAGGACUGCCCCCCUGCACAGUGCCCGCUCAGGGCUGCCCCGGGACAGGCUUCCCCUCGGGCCUCCUCUCAGGGACUCUGUGGACAACAGUGCAUAAGCAGAAGGUGGAGCAGGACUUACGGCUGCGAAGUCGCCUCAAAGAGGAGGCCACUGUUGUCAUGGCAUCCAUCUUGGAGCGCUGGAAGGGUUUGUCUGGCUACAGCCGCUUGGACAGUAUGGCCGCUUACCUCACUAUUGCACGCCAGUGGUCAGGCUUUGGAUGCACUCUGUAUGAAGUGGACUUUUAUAUUAGUUCGACGGGGAACUUUUCCCAAAAGCUGUGGCUGGGUGUAGCUGCUACGUCAGUGUCUCUGUACCGUCAGGGAGAGGCCGAAGCGCUCGAAUCCUUCCCCUAUGGCCAGAUCUGUUCAUAUGGUGUAUCCGAUAGCAACACGUUCAAGAUAACCGCGGGAGACCGAGACCUGCUGUUUGAAACAACCAAGUUGACGGAGAUCCUGCAGCUGAUGAACGCAUAUUUCAGUGCCACCCGUCGUCAGCGAGGCAAAGCUGAGGAAGCGGACAUCACGCGGGACCAUCACUUGACCCCAAUGCCAGCGUCUGCCCUCCUGGAGCUGCCUUCACAUCCAGUCUGAGACCCCCAUCUCCAAACCCCCGCCCACGUACCUUAUCCCAUCCUAACUCCACACGUGGCCCCCUCAGGCACCUCCUCCUCCGCCCAGUCCUCCUCCGCUGGGAAAAGCACAGCAGCCAAAACAAAGAGAGGGCUGUUUUCACUCCCCAUCCGUGAAAAUAAACCCUGGGCCUAGCAUUGCAGCUGAAGGAGCGAUAGAGACUUGAAGAAGGGGGGAAGGGGCGAGGCAAGUGGUUCUGUUUUUGGAUAGGGGCCAGAAAGCCGCAGAAACCAAUGUGGUUGGUGAUGAGGUGUCACACUCACAGCAAACCCCCCCACUCCACCCUGUCACGCACACACCUUAUCCCUUUGACAAUGUGAGAUGUACUGUAGCAGCAUUUAAAUAUAAUGGCACCAAAAACUGUGGUAUUGACUAUGUGAGUGGUUCUGAAACUUUCAACAAGUACGGAUUUGGGGUAAAUGAGGAUUUAAAGGUGCACCAUGUAGUUUUUCUGGUGGCGGGUCUGCUACCUGCUUGUCUCCAUAGAGAUGUCUUUUUCUUUGCCUAGAAUGUUCCACAGUAUGGCAUUAAACUUCUCUUCAUGGAGCCAGGUGAAAUCUGUAGAGAAGGUUGAUGUAGAUGUUUUCAAGGUAUUUUUGAGUGGUUAUAACACUUGUAACUGAAUAAAUGCAAGAUAGACAAGCUUAGUGACAUACUGUGGAACAUUCUACGCAAAGCAGCAUCUCCAUGGAGACGAGCAUAUGACAGAAAAGUUACAUAGUGUACCUUUAACCAAGAUUAAUCUCAAAUAGAAACCACGGACUCAAAAUCUGGAAUAGUACAAAGAAAAGAGCUAAAUAUGGACAAACCCAGAACUAAACCAGGACUGAACUAGGACUGAACCAGGACUUAACUGUGCCUCUGCCAGAAAUGAAUGGUCCAAAGUCUCAAUCAAAGAACUAAAUGAGUGCUUGAAUUGUAAUAUUCCUAGUUCUUACCACCACCACAGCCCUUGCCUACCACCAGUGAUAUCACAGUAAGAACCACUGCCUUAUAUGAAGAAAAAGUAACACUACAUUUUAUUUAACUCUUUAAGUAGGUGUGCCAUAUUGCUCCAGUCUUUUUCCUAGAAGGCCUGGAGACUUCAAGUACUUUCUCAUUGGGCGCCCCCCUUAAUGUUCAGCAGAGUUUUCACAAGGUCCCGGGCAGAGGCUUGCGUUACCUGGAACUGUUGAUGCAUACAACCAUGUGAUCCCAGAACUGGAAACAGAUGUUGAACUUUGCAGCGAAAAAGUCACUUCGGCGGGCCUUGAAGACUCUUGGGAAAAUCAGCUGUGCGUGUGUGUAAUUUUAAUCACGAGAUCUACUUCCUGUUUGACGAUGGAGUAGAUGAAACGUUUCACCAGAAAACCAAAGGACUGUGGAGCAGUUUCUAUACGCUGUCUUUAGCACCAAAAAUGCUCUGAUUUGUGUCCUUUUGUCACAUUGCUGCUUGUCAUGGUUAACACUUGACUUGUUUUGUGUCAGCUACAGCUAUGCUAAAUUUAAAAGUGCACUUUGUAACUUUUUGGUUGGGGUUCAGUCAUCUGCUUGUUUCUGUGGAUAUGUCAUUGCUCUGCCUGGAAUGUUCCACUGUAUGACCUUAAACACUCUCCCUAACAUUUAUUCAAUUACAGGUGGCGUUAUAGCUCAAAAAUAUCUAGAAAAAAUGCAUUCUGACUGUGAGUGGGGUUACCUCUCCUGUAACUUAGUUUGGUUUCCAUCAGGAUAGAAAGUUUUAAUGUCAUACUGUGAAACAAUCCAGACAAAGCAGUAACAUCUCCACAGAGAAAAGCAUCUGAUGGGCCUUCCACCAGAAAAGUUACACAGUGCACCUUUAACUGGUGCUUCCGUGUUUAAUUUUGUUACUUUUAAACUGUAUAUAAUUUGUAGAUUAUAAAAUGAGCCUUUUAAAAGAUGACGACAUAUUGCUUUGCUUUCCCUACACAUGCCUUUUUGUUUUAUUUAUGUUUUUUACUGUCACUACGUCUUAAUUGCAGUUGUGUUUCCUUGUUUUGUUGAACUGAUCUGAGCCGUAAAUGCCAUUGGCUCACUUCAGUUGUAGAAAUCCUUUGUAGCUCUGUGUUCACUGUUCCUCUUUUCUAAAGCCAAAGUCCCAGGUUUGAAACGGACCAAAGAUUUUUAAUAAGCUUUUAUGACAGCAGGUUACAUAAAUAUGUUGUAAUUCUAGUAAAUGUGGUCGCACUUUACUUUACAGCACAAGAAUAGCAUGGUAACUGAGAUAACAAGGGAUUAAUGCAUUGGCAGUCCUGUUUCCAUAUUAUUAAAAUAAAAUACAGCCACGUUACCUGGUAAUUUACAGUCUUCAUACUGGGUUAGGAUUAAUCUUAAGACAUUAAAUAAAAUUUAAAAAAACAGAUACCAAGGAAUUAUUACAGUGUAAACACCAAUUACUUUUAGUUACCAUACAAUUACUCUGCUAUUAUUGUACUGUUAAGUAAAGUGUACUGUAAAGUUAAUAGCAUUUAUACAGCCAUAAAAUCAUGCUUUUCUAGCCUCAAAUGUUAAACUUGAUCCUGUCACCACAAAAGGCCUUGACACGGUCGGCCUUACGCCUGUGAACACACAGGGCCCUCGCUUUUUCUACUGCAGCUGCAGGCAGCUCCAACCCAUGUGUUUGUAAAGAAACUGCGGAAGUAGCUUUGUAUUAGGCUUGUUUGUAUGCUGCAUGGUACCUUUUACGUUAAUGUGUGUAUAGUUCAUUGCACUAUUUGUUUGUUUUUAACUAACUUGGAAGUGCAAUAAAAACUAUAAAUACUGUAUGAAAUUAAUAAAAGCCUCCAUUUGAA